ACCAUCUCCUGGCCCUUCGCCCCUGGCCCUUGCCCUUUCGUCCAACCCCAACACCAAUACCUGCUCGGCAAUUCUAAAAUUCAGGAUCUCAGUUCUCCCUUUUUCUACUCCCUCCCUCCCCCCCCCCCCCCUUCCGUUCUCUCUCGAUUACCGAUGCUCGCCCUCACACUCCACUCUACCCUAAUACCCAACUCCUCCAUCACCAUCCAUCUCCUCCUCAGACGCAUACCUAAUUGAUCAAAUCCUUCUUCUUCUUCUCCUUCUUCUUUAUUUGUUUGACUCUUCUGGUGUUUGAUGGAGAUGGCUUCAAUCUCUUCCAGCCCUCGCUCUGUCGAAGACAUCUUCAAGGAUUACAGCGCUCGACGAUCCGGCAUUGUUCGUGCUUUGACUUACGAUGUCGAUGAGUUUUACCGGCUCUGUGAUCCAGAGAAAGAGAACUUGUGUCUGUAUGGACAUCCAAAUCAAACUUGGGAAGUCACUCUUCCAGCAGAAGAAGUUCCACCAGAGCUUCCAGAGCCUGCACUUGGGAUCAAUUUUGCUAGAGAUGGCAUGGACCGCAGAGAUUGGCUUUCUCUGGUUGCAGUGCAUAGUGACUGUUGGUUGCUCUCUGUAGCUUUCUAUCUUGGAGCACGGUUUAACCGUAACGAAAGGAAGCAUCUAUUUGGCUUGAUCAAUGAUCUGCCCACUGUUUUCGAAGUCGUCACAGAAAGGAAGACUGUGAAAGACAAGCCAAAUGCCGAUAGUGGGAGCAAAUCCCGUGGCAGCACCAAGAGAUCAAGCGAUGGACAGGUGAAAAGCAACUCGAAGCUAGCUGAUGAGAGUUAUGAGGAGGAAGAAGAUGAACACAGUGAGACGCAGUGUGGGAGCUGUGGUGGAAAUUAUAACGCGGAUGAGUUUUGGAUUGGGUGCGAUGUGUGUGAGAGGUGGUUCCAUGGGAAGUGCGUGAAAAUUACACCAGCCAGAGCAGAGACCAUCAAACAAUACAAAUGCCCAUCUUGCAGCAUCAAGAAGGGCAGGCAGUAGAGUAGUGGUAUUAGUAACAUAAGAUCCGAACAACACGAGGGAGGGAGGAACGCUCAUGUUGCGUGGCUGACAAACUAGUACAGAAAAAUAUUACCUUUCAUUUUAUAUAUAUAUAUCUGUAAUAUUGAAGUGUCAUUAGGAUGCUUCUUUAUAGGCUAUAAAUCUCUGGAAAUGGCAUGGCUUUGGCCUUCUAUGCCAUGCUCACGUGCAGGGUUGGACUCAUAAUGCAUCCAGGAAUGGCAGUCACUCUGUAACAUAACAUAUAUAUUUGAAGAAUUAUAAGAAACUUACUGUGUGGGAGUUACACUCU